AUGGCAGCGCCACCUCUCCCCUCCGCGUCUCCGGUAUCUCUGGGACAGAACAUUCUCCUCCAACCCCCACUUUCGCGAUGCGGGCGUGGACCCGGUCUAAUAAUCAUCCGGCCGUAUAGCUAUGCAGAAUGUCAAGCAAAGAAUACCAGUCUUGACCCAGAGCCCGUGCAGAAAUGGGCCGAGGAGAGCUAUGCGGUGGUGCAGAUUACGUUGGAGCAUGAGAUGAGUGCGGAUGGUGGUGGUGUUUUGGGGCUUGUAGAGAGAGGAAUUGCAGCGUUUGAGUCAUCGAAUGAGUUCUACGGUUCCCCAGCUGAUUAUGCGCCUGGGUUCGGAAAAAUCCUGGGCAAUGUCAUCACAGCUUUGAACAAAAAGCUUGCAGCUGCAGUGUUUUUCAGCUCCUGGGAUAUGAGUGAGGAAUCGAAUCCUAUUCUCUCACAUAUUCCUGGGAAUUUCCAACCUACAGGUCCUGCGAAGAAGGACAACCACACUGUGUACUCAUAUGCAGAUGUUUCUUCCGCCGGGUUUAUCGUCCCAGGACAUGCAGAUUUCAAAAUCACCUCUGCCGGAGUCGCACACACGCGAUCCCUGACAUUCCUGAAGAAGCAUCUGAACGGACCGUACUUCGAUCUCGAGAAGAUCUGGGAGGAGCACACGUGGUACGAAUUCGGAGAUCGAUCCGUAGAAAAGACUAUGGCGACGAUGGUGCAGGAGCCCCGGACGGUCGGCACGGACCGGAUCGUUGACGAAUUCAUCUUCAGCCUGACACACAACAAGGAGAUCGACUGGUUACUCCCCGGCAUCCCACCGACUGGCAAGCCGCUCCGUAUCCCAUUUACCUCAGUUGUGAACAUCCGUGGAGAUCGUUUAUACCACGAACAUAUCGCGUGGGAUCAGGCGACAGUGCUCGUGCAGCUAGGUCUGAUGCCGGAAUACCUCCCCUACCCGUAUGCACUCCCCGGCGGGCAGUUACCAGGGCCCGGAAAGAGAUUUGAGUAUCGGGUGCCUGCUGCUGGAGUCGAGACGGCGAUGAAGUUGCAGGAUGAACAUGCAGUGCCGUCAAACGGGAUGUUUGAGUUUAAGGUGCGCGAGGUAGAUGAUGAAUGA